GGUGUGAAUUUUAAUAUUAGAAAAUAGAACCCAAUAGUCAACUCAAAAUUAGAAUGUUCUAGAGAAGCUAAACUAUGCUAAGGUCGGGGCCAUCAGAUCGGAUUGCAAGCAACGUGGAGCCCAUGAAAACCGCAAAAUUGAUUGACCCAACCAACGACACUCCUAUUUAUAGCGAGAGGCCAUGCCUAUCGUCCCUUUACCUAGAAAGUAAACCCUAAAACUGAAAACAAAGCAUGACGGUGAACCAUGAGCAGCAGUUCUUGUAAUUGCUCGAGUUACUUUGAUGCGCGAGAGCGAGAUGGAGAGAUCAAGGGCUUGUUUUUCCUCGAUAAGACACAGCGGGAUACCGAAGGUCAACGCAGGACUGAUUUGCGCUUUUUGGAUCUGGAAAGAGGUGAAAUCUCUAACGUUUUGUGUACGAUGCCACCUGAUGUUCCUCUUGGUCCCACUGUGGUUACCUGUGGCAACCACGCUUACGCCAUUGGGGGAAAGAUCCUUCGGGGUAGUAUCUUUCGUUCAUUAAACCAUGUUUUCCGCUUUGAUUUUAAGCACGCUGAACGUGCGUGGAGAAAAGUUACUUCUAUGCUGUACCGUCGGAGUCUUCCCGAGGCUCCUGCUCCACAAGGAAAGAUUUACGUCUUCCGUGGAUCUCGUGAUUGUUUUGGCGAGGUUUACGAUAUAAGUGGGGAUAGUUGGGUUCCAUUGUGCGUCCCUUCUAUUGCGGAAUAUUCAGGAAUAAGUGGCCCUGUUCUCCUAGAUUCUUCCAGAUCUCGGAUUUUGGUGCACUUCUCUCGCGAUAGAUAGAGAUCUCUUACGCCUAUAACUAUAAUGAUAAAUCAUGGGUUUGCCUCGAUCCAAAAUUUCCUGACUGGUGGUGGGAAUCGCGGGCAAUGUGCUUUAUGUUUUCCAUGAGAUUUCUUACGAGAUCUGUUCUUGGAAGGCGUAUGAUGUGCAGGAUAAGAAAUGGUUGCCGGUCAAGUGGUUAACAGAAUUUUCAUUACAUCAACCAGUGAGUGCCCCUAUGGGCCCCCCUCUGAUUCAUUUGGGCAAUGACAAGUGGUGUAUGGUUUGGCACAGCUGUACGCUUAAAUGUUUUGAGUACCUUAUAUUCAGAAUGUGCCGCAACGGGCAUGGAGGGAUAUAUGCAGCUGCAGUGGGCGGCGAUAGAACCUCUGCUUCAUUUCGAUCCGUUAAUCAUACAAUAUUGAUGCCCUAAAUGAAGGCCUCAGCCAGAACGCAUGGUGUAUAGAAUUGAGUCAAGACUCAUGUUGAUGGUGAAGGAAAAACUUUGAAGACUACAAACUUUGAAUGUCAAUUAUCUUGGUUGAAACUUUGAACUAAUUGGGUACUUUCUUUUGGAUACCCAGACUAACACAUUGACGAAGCAUAAAAAAAAAAAAAAAAACAGGUUAAAGACUACAAAAGUAACAUCUGACUAUAUACUAUUCUCAUUUUGCAGUCCUUUCA